CACUCAUGGCCUAUGAGAUAGAGGAUCAGGAGACUCAAUACUGCUUUCCUGACAUCAACUCAUCAUGUGUCAAGGAAAAACGCUCCAGUCAAGGAUAUAUUAUCAUAUACUUGUUUGCAUCGUUGCUGUCAGCAUGGACUGUGUUUCUGAACCUGCUGGUGAUCAUCUCCAUCUCUCACUUCAAGAAGCUUCACACUCCAACCAACAUGAUUAUUCUCUCUCUGGCUGUAAAUGAUCUGCUUAUUGGAGUUGUCAUGCCCAUAGAGGCCAUCAGACAGACUGAGACGUGUUGGUAUUUUGGGAACAUUUUCUGUGGACUCUAUUUAUUAUUUAUUUCUUUACUUAUGUCAGCAUCUCUUAGUAAUUUAGUUUUAAUUGCUGUUGAUCGUUAUGUGGCUGUGUGUCACCCUUUACUGUACCCACAGAAAAUAACCAUCACUAAAACACUAAUGAUUAUCUGUCUGAGCUGGGUUUGGCUUUCAGCUUAUAGCAUUGCCCUUUUAAUCAAUAAUGGAUAUUUUGACACUUCACACAGAUCUGAUGAGUGUUACGGAGAGUGUUUAGCCAUUAUAAGUUUUAGUUGGAUCAUCACUGAUCUGUUCAUGUCUUUUAUGUUUCCUUGCCCUCUGAUCAUGAUGUUAUAUCUGAGGAUUUUCUAUGUCGUUCAUCAGCAAGUGAAGGUUAUAAACUCUCUGAUGAAGGGUGGUAAAUGUGUAACGGAGGGUUCAGUGAAGAGGAAGUCUGAGAGUAAAGCUGCUCUGACUUUAGGAAUCAUUGUGGCAGUGUAUAUGCUUUGCUGGAUUCCUUAUUAUAUCUGUUCAUUAAUUGUAAUCUCUUCCACAGCUAUGAUAGUUAUAAUAUGGGCUGUAUAUGCUAACUCUGCUCUGAAUCCUCUGGUUUAUGCUUUAUUUUACCCCUGGUUUAAAAAGACAGCUAAACUCAUUGUAACUCUGAAAAUACUUCAGCCAGCAUCUUCUCUGAGCAAUAUUUGUACACAACAUUAAAUAUAAUUAUUUGCAAAGCAGUCACUGGUUCAUAUAUAAAAUUUGACAUCUCUGUUAUUUUCACUCCUCUUGCUACAGUAUUACAGAGUUUAUUUCAACCUGUAUGUUUUGAUGUUUAAGUAACUGAAUUGCUUUAAAAACAAGCAAAAAAUAAGUGUGGCAAUAGUACACUCUUAAAACAGACGUGUUAAAAACAACACAACCUGUGUUUUUUUUAACACACACACGUCUAGUUAAAGAAAACACAUUGUGUUAUUUAGAACUUUGUGUUUUAUUCUUUUUAACACAGACCAUGUGCUAAAUUAACAUAUAAAUUUGUCAUAAAGCACAUCUGUGACACAAACUGUGAUUUUUUUUAGCACCUUAACAUUAAUAAUACAUGAAUGAAUGAAUUUUAAUUAAACUGGUAAAGCUGCCUCUUAUAAUACAAGUUAUAUAUUAUCUGUAUUGCUAUAUAUUGUAUUAAUUAUAACAUAUAUAACAUUUAUUUAAUUUAAGAUCGAUUUUAAGAGUAAAAAAGCUAAAUUGGUAGUGAGUGCACUGUUCCAAGUUCAUUACACAAUGUUUAUGCAAAGCAUUGGGGCCAGUGAAGUAAUGCAUUAUAGGUCAUUUAUUCAAUUUUCAUCAAGCCACCAUGAUUAAUUUUCCAAUUCACAGGUCAAACAGGAAAGCUGAACUCUAUCUAAGGCACUAUUGCAUCACUCCAGUGCUGUGUGUGUGUGUGUGUGUUCAUAAUAGUUCACACCUUUAAUGAACAUUUCAGUGGAGGAUCACCUCUAAUAAUAUCAAUAAUACAGAGAAUAAAUCAAA